UUUCGCUGUAAGCUGUUUUAUAACAGCUAUGGAUAGGUAAACCUGCUGUAUUCUCGAUGAAAUGCACAGAGUAGACUGAACACAGUUAUUAAUGGAGCAUAUUAGAUCUAUUUCACCUCUCCUGCAUUUGGAUUUAAAUAAUUUCAGCUCUCCUGAAGCUGAAGACAGCAGAUAUGUUCUGACAAGUCCACGUUCACUUGAAUGCUGUGCAAGAUUGGGAGUGAAACCCGUUGAUCUGUUGCUCAGAUCCCUCACAGACUUCAUUGAUGAGAACCAGGAGUCCUCUCUGGAGGAGGUGACUGCGUUAUAUGAGGAGUACGAGAAAGGAAGAAGAGAACGACUGCGCUUGUGUCGAGAGGAGAGAGAGCGGAUCAUACAAGAGGGCUGGAAUAGAAAGUCGUCUGUAAAAGCAUUCACAGCCCUGGAAACCGUCCUGGAGCAAAGAGCUGAGAGUCAACGCACCGAUUCCAAAGCCAAGUGUCCAACUAAGACACGGUUCACAGACGACCGUGUUCAUUCAAAGUCUGCGAUUUCCAUUUCAGAUGGGUUUCCGACCACAUGCGGUCAGAAGUUCCCCUACAGUUUCAGUCUGGCCGACCUCAGACGUUCUCCUGCGACGGAGCGUCGGCUGAAGAGCCUCUCGCAGGAGAUCAGUCGCAAACUACGCAUCGCCGUCCCAGAAAAAGACCGAAAGAUUGUUGCAUUGAUGCUGGCCAGGCACGAAGAGGAGCAGUUUCGCUUACGCCAGAGCAUGUUUGAGGAGCAACAUCACGAGGAGGAGCAGAGGCGCGAGGAGGCACGGCGAGCUCACAUGGAGCAAAAGCGACGAAAAGAACUUCUGCGACAUAUUCGCCGCUGGCAGGAGGACUUGGAGGAGCAGAGGAGGCGGAGAGAGGAAGAGGAGGCCAUGUUUGCGGAGCAGCGUGAGCGGGAGACGCUUUGGCAGGAGGAGCGCUGGAGGAGGCACGCCGAGGAGCAACAAGCUCGGCGAAGGUUCAAGCUUGAUGUGGCGAGCAGGGAUGCAAAAGAGCGCAAACGCUACCAAGAGAGGCUCCUGCAGGAGAAGGAGCACAUUGAGGAGGCGCAGCGAGAGAAGGAGCUGAAGGCGGUGCAUGAAAAAGAACAACACGCAAUGAGGAGCAAGCGAAUGCAGGAGAAGAGAGAAAGGAGGAGACUCAAGCAAGAGAACCAGAGGGAGCAACUCAAGCACCUCCUCCUAAAAAAGGAGGUCGAGGAGCAGGAGCGUGCAGAGAAGGAGCUCAAGCGAAAAGGACUGGAGCAGAAGCUGCAACGCUCCAAGGAGAACCACGCGCUGCUUCUAGAGGCGCGGGUGCAGGAAAUGCGAUCACGUGCCGCGAAGGAGGAGCAGAAGAUGCGGAUUGCGCAGCAGCAGGCGAGGAGGGAGAACAGGGAUCGGUUGGAGCAGAAGCAAACGUUGGUGCAGCGUUGCCAGCUGCGGAUGGAGCGUGCAGUGCUGCAGGUGCAGGAGCAGCGGCGUCGCAGAGCUCAACUCGUCAGGCGAGAAAACCAGGAGAAGAAACUCGGCCAUCGCAGACUACAAGACCGAGUCCUGGAGGAGGAGAAAGCGCAACGGGAGGAGAGAUGCAAGGUCGUGACGCAGAAGGAACAGCGCUGGGAGAAGCUGCAGAAAGAGAGGGCCGAGGCCCAGGAGAGGAGCCGGAAGGUGGCUCACGCCUCCUGCUACAUGCGGGAGAGGGUGAGGGAGCAGACGUCCCGUCGCACCUUCCACCAGAUGGCACGAGAAGCAGAGCUGACCGCUCAACUGGGCCACCUGAAACUAUGAAUAGGGUAGAGCUAAAAAAAGAAUCAUUAUAAUAGUAUUAAUGGAGCCAAACAAAAGUCAGGAGUAUAAAACUACUUCAU